UCCCAAGAGACACAGCUGUGGCUGAGGGGGCAGAUUUGUAAGUGCUCUGAGACCCAAGGACUUCUCUGCCUUCAAGGGUCUCAAGGCCCCAUUCAGAUGUUAAGUUUUAGCUCUCUAAACUUCACGACGACACAUUCAGCCCUGGAACAAUAACCAUUUGUUUUGUUUUGUUUUGUUUUGUUGGUGGGUUGGGAGGUUAUGAAUUCCCCGUUGGUGAUGAAACUUCUUCAUACAGAAUAUGUUUGUCUUUUCUCCUCUCGUUGAGUUUGGGUGACAUUAAGGUAGGGACCUGGGUCACACAGGGAGUAUGUUCAUCCUUGUAGGCCCUCCGGGUUCCGUCACACUGUGCCGCCGCAGCUCGAGAGCAGUCACAGGAGAGAGUCAGCAAUGGAUAUGGCUGUGUUCCAAUAAAACUUUAUUUACAAAAACAGCGCAGGGGCCGUUGUUCGCUGACCCCUGGUUUAGAGGUGGCCCCAGGGUCAAUCACCCUGAGCCUCUGGGUUCCUCUAACAGACACAACUGGGUCAGUGAGAUGGAUGGGUCAUUUUCUUCCUAGAAGUCCACCUUGACCUUACUAGGUGCUUACUGGUGUCAUGGGUUACAUCCUCAUCAUCCAUCGUUAGGCGGCUUCCCUACAGCGUUGACCACAACGUGUUGAGGUUACCCCCUGGGCCAUCCAGAGUACAAGCUGAGCAGUGGGAGCAGACCUUUACUUUUGUAUCUUUAACUUGGCACAAAGUCAGUGCUAAGUGAAUAGUUCUUGAACCAAACUGCUGUCUCCUGGGUCACACUGUGGCCCUCUUCCCUGAUGUCCUAACAACCGUAUGUCCCCCAUUUGUCUCUUCCUAAUCCCUUCUCCCUUCACUGUAUCCUCAGUCGCUUCCUGCCUCUGCUUUAUGCUGGGAGCCUUGAGCACUGCUUUAAAUGUUCCUCAAACACACAUACUGGCAAAAGAAGUCAUGAGAUUUUAUUAAUCACAGUAACAGAGUUACCAGGUAGUUUUAUAAAUAAUGGAACCAUUUAUUUUUCAUAGCCCAGUAAUGGGCAUUGUUUUCUUUAUAGCCUAGCUGAUCAUGGUUAAAGUUGGAAAACGUGAGCAUAAAUUGUGGGGGUUUGGGCCGGGUUCUCGAAAGGAGAGAGCUGAAUUUUUCAAAAUUAUGAUAAUGAUCUGAGAGGCAUCAGAGUCCUAAACACCCCGAUUGUGGGAAAAAGAUAAAGGAGACAUCCUGGGAUGUGAGCUGGGGCUGGUCCGCUGGGGGGGAGCCCCAAACCCAUUUCCCAAGGGCAGCGGGUGGCCUCCCCUGCGUCCCCACGGUAGACAGGUGGGAAGGUAUUCCAGCCAAAGUGUCCUCUGUGAAAUCCUCUGCCCCCUGAUAAAUGUUCCGCCCGUAUAAGAACCGAGGCGGAGGGGUAAGAAAUGUAUUAUUCAGUGCACUGAACUUCCCGACACGCAAGGUUUUUUUUUUUUUUUUUUUCGUACGGAAAUCAGAGAUAGCUGUGAAUCUGAGCAGCACUCCCCAGAAUUCAUUAAGAUGGGAUUCGAUAGGGAUUCUCCUGCGUUGGAUUGGAUAGACGCCCCACCGGGUGUCCCCGGGUGCUCUGUGACAGUUGACUGAUGGAGGGACCCGUCUGGCAGGAGCUCAUACCACAGUCCAUUUCCACGGAAGGAUCGCCAUUUCCCAUUGGAUGAGCCUGAUCCUUGGGUGAAAUAUGUUACUGCUUCUCUGCUAAGGGGAGUGCUUGGAAUUUUAAGUGAAACCAUUUUCAUUCUUCAGUCUGUUGAAACCAAAGUGAUAAUUUGCAUCGAUACGUUCUCUUAGGCUAUAUACAAAGCCUGCUUAAUAGCUUUGGUUUUUAAUUUUAAAAAUAUCACUCUAAGGGAACUGUUCUGGGGAACAUAAUAGGGAUAUAACUUCUGAGGGACUCUAACAAGAUUUUAAUAGCUGGCACGCGCUCUAAUUUUCAUUUGGUUUUAAUUUUCAUGUGACAUUUUCAUUAGAUGUGUCAAGGAAACACAAAGUGGUUUCUACUACAGGAGACGGUGGCUGGAAAACAAAGCAAGAGCGGUCUGCUGUUGUCACCCGACCCCAGCCUGACCCGUCCCCUGUCUCCCCACCUCUCCCUCAGGGUCCUUCUCUUUCACUUGAAUGUGUUUAUUCACUCCCCUCCCUUCACUGUGAAGUGGUUUCUCCUUGGGGUGAUUUUUAUAGCAGGGCACAGCCACGGAGAACUCUGGCUUUGCCUUUGGCCGACACCUUGACCCCAGCACAUGACUAUGGCCUCUCUGGUGUGUGCAUACCGGAGGAGCAUUCAUUCCACGAAUAUUUGUCGAACACCUGCUAUGUGGCAGGCUGCCUUCCGGGAAUACCACUGUGAGCAAAACACCCUAAGAGGGCUCUCACCCUAAUAGGGCGAUGCAGCACCCCCCCCCCCACUAAAAUAUUCGUGGUAUAUUGGUUAAUGAUAAGUGCUACGGAGAAAAUAAAAUUAGGAGGGGUGGCGACGAUGUCUCCUUUAACAUAACAGUUUGUGUGUCCUUAGGCAUCAUUAUGCUAAGCACAUCAUCAGAACGUUAUCUCCACCAGAGCCUGUUGAGAGAGUAUGUCGGGCUCCUGAGGUCUGGAUGGAAGCCCGUGCCCGGUGAACCCAGAGCCAGAUUCUCCCCACCGCCCCGCAUGCAGGGCGGGAGGCGACGGCCUUCACCGCCCAGAUGAGCUUUCUACCAAGCUUCUCUCUCUAACUUGUGCCUUCCCCCAGUGCCUUGCUCGUAGACAAUCCCACACCGUUCGGGAAUGCAAAGGAAGUGAUCGCAAUCAAGGACUACCACCCAGCCAACUUCACCACCCUCAAGUUCUCCAAGGGCGACCACCUCUACGUCCUGGACGCGUCCGGCGGGGAGUGGUGGUACGCCCACAGCACCACGGAGAUGGGCUACAUCCCGUCCUCCUACGUGCAGCCCUUGAACUACCGGGACUCCACCCUGAGCGACAGCGGGGUGAUCGACCAUCUUCCAGACAGCCCAGACGAGGUGGCCAAGGAGUUAGACCUGCUCGGGGGGUGGACAGAGGACAAGGGACCGAGCAAGACCUACAGCAAUAACCCCUUCUGGAACGGGGCCCAGACAAACCCGUUUCUGAACGGGAACGCGCCGGCGAUGCCCAGCUUGGACGAGCUGACCCCCAGAAGCACCGUGGAUUUGCUCCUUUUUGAUACGGGCACGUCUUCGUUCACCGAAUCCAGCUCCGCGACCACCAACAGCGUCGGCAACAUCUUUGACGAGCUGCCGGCCGCAGGCCGCCUCCAGGCCGAGGCGCCGGGCAGGCGGGACAACCCCUUCUUCAGAAGCAAGCGCUCCUACAGCCUGUCGGAGCUCUCCGUCCUCCAGGCCAAGUCCGACGCCCCCGACUCCUCGGGCUUCUUCACGGGCCUGAAAUCCCCGGCCCCGGAGCAGUUCCAGAGCCGGGAGGACUUCCGUGCCGCCUGGCUGAGCCACCGGAAGCUGGCCCGGUCUUGCCACGAUCUGGACCUGCUGGGCCAGAGCCCCGGGUGGGGCCAGACCCAGGCGGUGGAGACGAGCAUCGCGUGCAAGCUGGACAGCUCCGGGGGCGCCGUGCAGCUGCCCGACAGCGGCAUCAGCAUCCACGUGCCCGAGGGCCACGUGGCCCCGGGGGAGACGCAGCAGAUCUCCAUGAAAGCCCUGCUGGACCCCCCGUUGGAGCUCAACAGCGACAGGUGCAGCAGCGUCAGCCCGGUGCUGGAGGUGAAGGUGAGCACCCUGGAGGUGAAAACCUUCAUCAUCGUGGAGAUGAAAGUGUCGGCCGAGGUGAAAAACGACAUCUUUAGCAAAAGCACGGUGGGUCUCCAGUGCCUGAGGAGUGACUUGAAGGAGGGGCCCUAUGUCCCCAUCCCACUCACCUACAGCUAUGGGGACACGGUCCAGGUGCAGCUGGACAACCUAGAGCCCUGUAUGUACCUGGCCGUUGUGGCCCACGGCCCCAACAUUCUCUACCCUUCCACGGUGUGGGACUUCAUCCACAAGAAGAUCACCGUGGGCCUCUAUGGGCCCAAACACAUUCACCCAUCCUUCAAGACCGUGGUGACCAUUUUUGGGCACGACUGCGCCCCGAAGACGCUGCUGGUCAGCGAGGUCACCCGCCAGGCCCCCAGCCCUGCCCCCGUGGCCCUGCAGCUCUGGGGUAAGCACCAGUUCGUCUUGUCCAGGCCCCAGGAUCUCCACGUCUGCAUGUUUUCCAACAUGACCAACUACGAGGUCGAGGCCAGCGGGCAGGCCAAGGUGGUGAGGGGGUUCCAGAUGAAGCUGGGCAAGGUGAGCCGCCUCAUCUUCCCCAUCACCUGCCAGAGCUCUGGUGAGCUGUCCGACUUCACCCUGCGGGUUCAGGUGAAGGGCGGCCAGGAGGCCGUCCUGACGCAGUUUUGCGUGCAGACUCCCCAGCCGCCCCCCAAAAGUGCCAUCAGGCCCUCCGGGCAGAGGCGGUUUCUCAAGAAGAACGAGGUCGGGAAAAUCAUCCUGUCCCCGUUUGCUGCCACCACCAAAUACCCGACUUUUCAGGACCGCCCGGUGUCCAGCCUCAAGUUCGGCAAGCUGCUCAAGACCGUGGUGCGGCAGAGCAAGAACCACUACCUGCUGGAGUACAGGAAGGGGGACAGCGUCGCGCUGCUCAGCGAGGAGAAGAUCCGGCUGAAGGGGCAGCUGUGGACCAAGGAGUGGUACAUCGGCUACCACCAGGGCAAGGUCGGCCUCGUGCACGCCAAGAACGUGCUGGUGGUGGGCGGGGCCAGGCCGAGCCUCCUCUCGGGGCCCGAGCUGAGCACCUCGGUGCUGCUGGAGCAGAUCCUGCGACCCUGUAAGUUCCUCACCUACAUCUACGCCUCGGUCAGGACCUUGCUCAUGGAGAACGUCAGCAGCUGGCGCUCCUUCGCCGAUGCCUUGGGCUACGGCAACCUGCCGCUCACCUUUUUCUGCCGGGCCGAGCUGGACAGCGAGCCCGAGCGGGUGGCGUCCGUUCUGGAAAAGCUCAAGGAGGAUUGUAACAACACGGAGAACAAAGAGCGGAAGUCCUUCCAGAAGGAGCUCAUGAUGGCCUUACUGAAAAUGGACUGCCAGGGCCUGGUGGUCAGACUCAUCCAGGACUUUGUGCUCCUGACCACGGCGGUGGAGGUGGCCCAGCGCUGGAGGGAGCUGGCCGAGAAGCUCGCCAAGGUGUCCAAGCAACAGAUGGACGCCUACGAGUCUCCCCACCGGGACAGGAACGGGGUCGUGGACAGCGAGGCCAUGUGGAAACCCGCCUAUGACUUUUUACUGACGUGGAGCCACCAGAUCGGGGACAGCUACCGGGACGUCAUCCAGGAGCUGCACAUAGGCCUGGACAAAAUGAAAAACCCCAUCACCAAGCGCUGGAAACACCUCACGGGGACUCUGAUCCUGGUGAACUCCCUGGACAUCCUGAGGGCAGCGGCCUUCAGUCCUGUGGACCAUGACGACUUUGUCAUUUGAGCGGGUUCCCUCCCGUCCGCUGCUGCUCUGGGGCAUGCACCCCCCCCCCCGCCCCCACCGCCCCCCGUCUGUCCCAGAUGCCCGGGCAGUCACCUGGAGCGGGGGAGGCAGGAGGGGCCGGCUGCUCGGACACAUCCGGGGUCCCUCUCGGCUGGACCCGGCCCCGAGGACCAAGCACAGACAAUGCUCCGUCGUCCUCCUCCGUUGAGGGGGGAGAGGGGGUGCUGAAGAGAAUUUCUACCACAGGUCGUCGCCAACCAAAAUAGCUUUCUAUUUGUUAGGUAUAAAUUUAAAUUUAAAAUCACUUUUUUUUUUUAGGACGGGGGGAGGCCUAUGAGACAGGUGGUAUCUAAUUUUUUUAAUGGACCAGAAAAGUUUAAAAAACAAAACAAAACAAAACACCUUCAUAGGGGCGGAUGCUGUUGAGGUUUUUAUGUUCUAGAGAGACCUUUUUAAAUUAUGUUACAGAUGUAUAUAUGUAUUUAAAGGCGAUUCCCAGCCUCACUUUGCAUUUGAACACUUAGCACAGAGAGACGCUUGUUCCAGUGUCGGACCUCUUUUGCUCUGUCCUUGUGAAAAGGGUGAAUCAAAUAGGAAACGUGGUUUUUCGGUAGAUGAGUCUAGCUCUUGCCCGUCCUUUCUGGGAAUGUCCUGGGCCCUGCUGUCCCCUCUGAACUCCCGUUCGCUUCUGUACCUUUGCCCCGUGUUACAGUAAACGAUCAGCGGCAGCACUUGUGACCCUUCCGUGAGCUUCAGUGGGCAAAGUAAAAUCCUGCACGAGCCAGCAGGUGCCCUUGAGAUGACGGGCCGCUGGGAGCUGGCGUUCGCUGUGGCCCCCACCUGCGUGCGGUCGGUCACUCGAGAGAACGGUGCCACGUGCAAUGCGGUGGUCCCUGCAGCUCUCAGAUGCCAUUACCCUGGGGGCAGGGGAAGGCUUCCGGCAGGGCUCCGGGCCUCUCUGCUCCAUGGGCGUGAAGGAGACUUCACCACGAGGGACCCCUGUGCUCGUGUGUGUGCAGACGUGCCUGCCGUCACUGGCCAAACUCCGCUGUGUUCCAUGUGACGUGAACCCCGCUCCCUUCCUGGUGCACCCAUGUCCCCCAGGAAAAAAACCGCGUAAGGGACACCUUUUUUUUUUUUUUGUACAAUUAGAGAUUAUCCGAGCAGGAUGUAUGUUUUCUACAAAUGAAAACGUGCCCCGCCUGGAACCAGAGGCAGAAUGCUGCCCGCCUUUACGGUUGUAGAUCGGCGUGGCCGUGUGCGGGCGAGCGGUGUCGGGCCCCUGAUCGCACCGUGGUUGCGCCCAGCUCAGAAGGGAGGAAGGGGCAGGACUGAAGAAUUGGAAUUAUGUGGCACAUGGAGAGAAUUCCUGGGAAUGGGUCAGCACCCGCCCGGGCGGUUUGGGAUUCCUGGACCUCGUUUUCUGAAUCUGCUGUUUUGAAACACAUCAUGUUGAUCACUGGGUGUAAUCAGCCUACGAUCCCUAUCGGGCUGAAACAUUCUUAUGUACCUAUCGACUCAGAUACUGAAGACCAACUGGCUAGGAAAUAAAAAGAAAAACACCUAGAAAAACUACGUUUUUUAUGCUGCAAGAAGCAGGACCCGCAGUUCCCCAAUGAUCACACGAAAUAACCUUAAAUUCUGCUCCCCGUGUCCACCCUCAUUCUUCCCAGAGAUUGUCUCUCACCUUCUCCCCAAAGAAGAGACAAACCCAGUUGCACCUUAAACCGUGGAUAUUUUUCCUCAGGGGCUUGAAGUAGUUUCCUAUGCAACAUGUCUUGUAGCACAAAUUGAAUUCUACAAAAGUUGCAGUAAAUUUUAUUUGCGUAUUUUAA